CAGCCGCUGGCCUGCGGGCCCCGCCGGGGUCCGGGGCAGAAGGGCGGUGACAGCGGCUGUCACUGCCGGGCCGGGAGCGGGAGCGGCGGUACCCGCCGCCUCCCGGGGCUCCAGCGGCCCCGCUCGGCAGCCCUGCGGCUUCCCCCCCUGCAAAAGCGAGGAAGCGCCACGGACCUUAAUCGGCAGACCUCUCCGUCACAGGAGAAUAGUGUCAGAGAGCAAAGCGGUGCGACCUGCCGCCGCCUCAUUCCCCAGGUUGUCUGUGGGCUUUAAGUGCGGAUUUGUUUUUUCCUCCCACCACCAAAGGCCUGAAGGGUAUGUUUUCACUUUCAGAGAUUAAAACCGAAGCGGCGCUGACGAAGAACGGACAUGCUUGACACUUGUCUGCAGUUGCUUGUGUUGCACUUCGUUGUUUACUGGAAAAGGAGAGACUGAGACCCCGUUACUUGACUUCUUCUUGGGUUAUGAUAUAACUAAUAAUAAAGCAAAACUGUGGAAAGAGCACCUGGGAACUGAGCAUGGUAGGAUCUUGAAGAGAAAAGUAGCUGGGAUCGACGGGAAGAGGAAGGGGAGGAAUGGCAUCCCGAGAGAGGCUGUAUGAGCUUUGGAUGCUUUACUGCAGUAAGAAAGAUCCAGAUUACCUGAAGCUCUGGUUGGAUAGUUUUGUAUCUAGCUAUGAACAGUUUCUGGAUGUAGACUUUGAGAAGCUGCCAACGAGGGUGGAUGACGUUCCUCCAGGAAUAUCACUGCUUCCUGAUAACAUUCUUCAGGUCGUCAGGCUCCAGUUGCUACAGUGUGUCCAGAAAAUGUCAGAUGGCCUGGAAGAGCAGCAGCAGACUCUGUCACUUUUACUUGUGAAAUUCUUUAUCAUCCUUUGCAGGAAUUUGGCUAAUGUGGAAGAGAUUGGGAUGUGUUCAUACAUUAACCAUGUUAUCACCAUGACUACGUUAUACAUUCAACAGUUAAAAAGCAAAACAAAAGAAAAAGAAGUGGAAGAUCAGACCCCAAUAGAAGAAUUUGUGAGACAUGCAUUGGCUUUCUGUGAAAGUCUCUAUGAUCCAUAUCGAAACUGGAGGCAGCGAAUUGCAGGACGUUUGAUUAGUACAGUUGAAAGGAGCAGACAGAAGUAUAAACCAGCUUCCCUCACUGUUGAGUUUGUCCCUUUCUUUUACCAGUGCUUUCAAGAAAGUGAACAUCUCAAGGAAAGCCUAAAAUGUUGCCUGCUACACCUCUUUGGAGCUAUUGUGGCUGGUGGUCAGAGGAAUGCUCUUCAAGCAGUAUCUCCUGCCACCAUGGAAGUCUUGAUGCGUGUUUUAGCAGACUGUGACAACUGGGAUGACAGAAACCCUGAGGAAGUGAGCAGGAAGGCAGAGCUGACUCUGAAGUGCCUGACGGAAGUUGUCCAUAUCCUCCUAACCAGCAGUUCUGACCAGCGCCAAGUUGAGACAAGUACAAUAUUGGAGAACUAUUUCAAGUUGCUUAAUUCAGACCAUUCAGCCUUACCUAAUCCAAGGCGAUGCAGGCAGUGGGAGAGCAGAUUCAUAGCACUACAGAUCCAAAUGCUGAAUACCAUCACAGCCAUGUUAGACUGCACAGAUAGGCCUGUUCUGCAGGCAAUUUUCCUUAACAGUAACUGCUUUGAGCAUCUCAUUCGACUGUUGCAGAACUGCAAGAUGUUUCAGGGACACCUGGACUCCUUGGCAGUAUCAACCAUUCAAGCCCUCACAGCAGUAAUGCACAAGUCUCCAGCUGCAAAGGAGGUCUUCAAGGAGAGGAUUGGCUAUGCACACAUAUAUGAGGUACUAAAAUCACUGGGUCAACCCUCACGGGAAUUGCUGGAAGAACUCAUGAAUAUGGCUGUUGAAGGUGACCACAUGGCUGUUGGGAUACUAGGCAUUAGUAAUGUCCAGCCCUUAUUGCUCCUCAUCCAGUGGCUUCCAGAACUAGAAUCACAUGAGCUGCAGAUUUUCAUCUCAAAUUGGUUGAGGCGAAUCUGCUGCAUUGACAGGCAGAGUCGUGCCACGUGUGUCAAUGCAAACAUGGUCAUCCGUAUCAUCGAGACCCUCAAUUCCCACUCGGCGCUCCACUGUACGUGUGCAGAGAACCUGAUUGCCCUGCUGGGCUCCUUGGGGAGCCAGUCCAUGGGCUCGGAAGAGCUGCUCCAGCUUGUGCGGCUGCUGAGGCCGGAGGAGCCCCGGGGGGCUCACCCGUACGCGGUGCCGGUGAUGCGCGCCCUGCUGGCCAUGGCUCGGAAGCAGGGCAUGGCCAGCGCCCUGCAGUACUUCAACCUGCACCACAGCAUGGCCGGCAUCGCCGUGCCCGCCAUCCACAGGUGGCCGGGCUCGGCAUUCUCCUUCAACGCCUGGCUCUGCCUUGACCAGGACCGGGUGGACCCUGGCACGACGGGCAAAAGCGGCAAGAGGAAGCAGCUCUAUAGCUUUUUUACUGGAAGUGGUAUGGGGUUUGAAGCCUUUAUUACAUGCUCAGGGGUAUUGGUGGUUGCAGUGUGCACGAAGAGGGAGUAUGCAACAGUGAUGCUGCCUGACCAUUGCUUUUUUGACUCUCUCUGGCACAACAUAACUAUUGUUCAUGUGCCUGGAAAGAGGCCCUUUGGUCAGAGCCUGGUGUAUAUCUACGUCAAUGGACAGCAGAAGGUCUCUGCCCCGCUUCGAUUCCCUGCUAUGAAUGAAUCUUUUGCUUCUUGCUGCAUUGGUUCAGCUGGUCAAAGAACAACAACUCCUCCUCCAUCUCAGAUACCAGAUCCACCUUUCUCCUCCCCAGUUAUGCCCCAUCGGACGUCCCUUGGGGGCAUUCUUGCUACAGGAAGCUGGGGUGGGGUGCUUGGAAAACCAGAGUUCAUCACCAAGAUGAUCUCAGCAGGGACUCAGGACAGUGAAUGGGGGUGUCCAACAUCUUUGGAGGGCCAACUUGGAUCAGUUAUUAUCUUCCAUGAAGCACUGCAGCCUUCUCAGGUGAAAGCAUUAUAUUUAGCAGGUCCAAACUGUUUAACUCCAUGGAAGUCUCAAGAAGCUGAAGUAGCAGACCUCCCCAGUAAGGUGCUCCUUCAUUAUACACCAAAGGCCUGCAGAAACCCAAUUUGUCUUGACCUGUCUGCAAAUCUUUUACAUGGAAGACUAACUGGAAACAAAGUAGUGAACUGGGACAUCAAGGAUAUGAUCAACUGCAUUGGUGGAAUAAAUGUGCUGUUUCCAUUGCUGGAGCAGAUCAGCUUUCUUGGUGGACAGAUACAUGAGAAGUCUGAAGGGGGAACUCUGCCUCCAGAAAGAGUAACUCCUGUAGAGGGUGACUGGGUGGUGUUUCCAUCCACAAAGGCAUCAGAAGCACGUCUGGAGAAGAACAUAAUUGCAACUUUCAUCUUGAUGAUAAAACACUUUAUUCAGGGACAUCAGGUUAAUCAGGAAAAUCUCAUUCACUCCCAUGGAGUUGCCACCCUAGGAGCCUUGUUACAGAAGGUGCCAAGAGUCUUAAUGGAUGUGAAUGUACUGAUGGCUGUACAGUUGUUGAUAGAGCAAGUCUCAGUAGAAAAGAACACACAGCUUUUGCAACAGAUGUACCAACACUUACUUUUUGACUUCAGUAUCUGGAACAGUGGUGACUUUCCCUUCAGAAUCGGACAUAUACAGUAUCUUUCUACAAUCAUCAAAGACAGUAGAAGACUCUUCAGAAAGAAGUAUGGUGUGCAGUUUCUUCUAGACACACUCAGGAUUUAUUACGGGACUGGUUGUAAAGACAGUGAUUUGGCUCCUGAUGACCUGAGAACAAUACGGACAUCCCUGUAUGGACUGAUCAAGUAUUUCCUGAGCAAAGGUGGAACACAUGAAGAAAUUCAGAGCAUUGUAGGAUACAUAGCUGCCACCAGUGAUGAGGAGCAGCUCUGUGGAAUUUUGGACGUUCUCUUCAGCCUACUUCAUUCCAGUCCAAGCCCAGACCAGCUUUUUUUAUUGCUCUUUGAACCAGGGAAUGCUGAUAUUCUUUAUGCUCUGUUAUUGCAUCAAAGAUACUCUGACAAGCUUAGAGAACUUGUGUUCAAGAUUGUGGAAGAGAUGUUGAAAUGUACCAAAGUUUAUGAACGUAGCAAGCACCGUAUGAGACUCAGAGAAGUGGGGUACUCUGGGCUGGGGCUCCUUCUGAAUGAAUCACCAGUUACUGUCUCUCUUAUUAAAAACCUUCUUAACCAAGUUCUGUAUGCAGAUCCUGCUGUGAAUUAUAAGGAUCUCCUGGCUGUAGUGUAUCUGGCUCAUAGGUCAGAUAUAAACAUGAGAGUGAUUAUCUGUAGAAAGAUUUUGCACCUUUUGCAUUCCCAAUUGGAUGCAGCACAACAGAUUUCCCAGCAGCUGGGCUGGCAGGACACUUUGGUUAGACUAUUCCUGAAAGAAAACUCAGAGGUCCAGAUUGGCUUUAAGGAGAACAGGACUGAUUCCUCCAGGGAAGAGGAAAAAAAGCCUCCUACUGAAGAGCUUCAGAAACAUCAACCUGAUAAAACAGAGGGAGACAAAGCUGGCAACUUUGCAUCAGUUAAUGGUCUGUUUGAUCAGUGGAGUUUAGAAGACAACAAAUCCUUGGAUGUCCCUGCCCAUUUCUCUGUUAUGCCGCGGGAAGAUGCAUCCACAGCAGAGAUGUCUUUCAGUUCGGAGGACCGAGAAGAAUUGUGGCAGAGUAAUCCUUCACAUUUGAGUUUAGAUCUGUCCAGUGUUGACUCUUAUGAACUGGCUGAUGUUGGGAAUCAGAUGACAGACAGCCAGCCCAGCACUCCCUCACCCACAGAGAGCACAAAGCCCUUCUCUGGGCAGCCUGACAAAGAGCUGGGUGUUAUGAAUGAUGUGGGCUUCACUGCUGAGCUUUCUCUAUUAGAAAACCAAGGAGGGAGUGAUAAUGAACUCAUACAGUUACUUACAGACAUCCUACUGUGUAUAAUGUGGAAAGGUAUUGAAAAGUCUGAUGAUGAUGCUUGGAUUGAGAGAGGACAGGUGUUCUCUGCUCUCACCAAACUGGGGAUGUCUAACGAGUUGUUGCGGCCUUCUGAUGAAAUAAAACUCAACUUGCUGGAGAAGAUGUUAGAAUGGUCAGUCACUGAUAACAGAGAUUCAAAAGCUCUCCCUACACAUGCUGAAAAUGCCUUCAAGCUCUUGCUAAUUGUACAAGGUUUCCUGCAGGCAGAAGGACUAAUUAAUUCAAAUUUAUGGACAGAAAAGCUCUUGGAAGAACUAGUGACUCUCAUGGAUAGCCUGUCAGUCUGGUACUCUGCUGGCCUAGAAGCAAUUAGGCUUUCACAGGUGCAAGUCCAGCUGCUUCUUGGAUUCAUUGCACAAGACAACUUACAGGUCUGUGCUAUGGCAGCAGCCAAACUAAACACCCUCCUUCAGACCAAAAUAAUUGAGAGCCAGCCUGAAGCAUGCUACCUCCUGGGGAGGUUGGAAGGCAUUUUGAGUAGGUCAAUUGAAGAAAAGACAGAAACUUACUCAUUUUUGAUUCCCCUUGUUCGGACAUUGGUAUCCAAGAUUUAUGAACUUCUCUUUAUGAACCUGCACCUUCCUUCAUUGCCUCCUACCAAUGGCAGCCCGUCUUUCUUCGAGGACUUUCAAGAAUACUGCAGAUCUGAUGAGUGGCAAGUUUAUAUUGACAAAUACAUUAUUCCAAAUAUGAAGCAGUAUGAAGAGAGUUCAUUCAGACAUGAUAAUGAGCAGAUGGCACUUUAUUGGAAAGAUUGUUAUGAAGCAUUUAUGGUGAACAUGCACAAGCGAGACCGGGAAAGAGGAGAAAGUAAGCUUAAAUUUCAGGAGCACUUUGUGGAACCAUUCAGCAGAAAGGCUCGGCAGGAAAAUCUGCGGUACAACAGUAUGCUAAAGCAGCUUAGUAGUCAACACACAGCCACUCUGAGACAGUGGAGAGCAGCCCAGCUUUACUUGUUCUCUGAGCGUGGGCCUUGGGCUGAAAGGAAACAGCGUCCUAUUCACUGGAAACUUUCAAAUGUGGAAAAUUUUUCACGUAUGAGACUAAAACUGGUGCAGAAUUACAACUUCAACUCUCAUCAGGAUGCUAGCGACCUGAGAGAUAAUUUAGGUGUGCACCAGACACAGCCCUCUAGUGAGUCUCUGCUUCUGGAGGUGGUGAAGCAGGUGAAAGUGAGUGACUUGGAAGAUGAUGUUCUGGAACUACCAGAAGAAGACACAGCAGCCAGUUCCAGUUUGGAUGAGAAGGAUGAGGAAAGUCAGAAAGAAAAGCUAAUAUUGUCUGAAGACUGUGAGCUCAUUACCGUGAUUGACGUGAUACCAGGCAGGCUGGAGGUCACUACCCAGCACAUUUAUUUCUUUGAUGGUAGCAUUGAAAAAGAGGAAGGGGUAGGUUUUGAUUUCAAAUGGCACCUGUCUCAAAUUCGAGAGAUCCAUUUGCGUCGGUACAACCUGAGGAGGUCAGCUUUGGAGAUCUUCCUUACAGAUCAAACCAACUAUUUCCUCAACUUCAAUAAGGAGGUACGAAACAAAGUGUAUAGUCGGAUAUUGUCACUGCGUUCUCCAAACAUUUCUGGGACCAGAUCUCCACAGGAACUUUUCAAAGCGUCAGGUUUGAUGCAGAAAUGGGUGAAUAGAGAAAUAUCCAACUUUGACUACCUUAUUCAGCUGAACACCAUGGCAGGACGAACUUACAAUGACCUUGCUCAAUAUCCUGUGUUUCCCUGGAUUUUACGAGAUUACACCUCAGAAGAACUGGACCUGAAUAAUCCUGCAGUAUUUAGGGACCUGUCCAAACCCAUAGGUGUGGUAAAUGAGAAGAACGCCAAGACUGUGAAAGAGAAAUACGAGAAUUUUGAGGAUCCUCUUGGGAUGAUUGACAAAUUUCACUAUGGGACACAUUACUCAAAUGCUGCUGGUGUCAUGCAUUACCUCAUUCGGGUAGAGCCUUUCACAACACUUCAUAUCCAGCUUCAGAGUGGCAGAUUUGACUGUGCUGACAGACAGUUCCACUCUAUUCCUGCUGCCUGGCAGGCACUCAUGGACAACCCCAAUGAUGUCAAGGAACUUAUCCCAGAAUUCUUCUACUUUCCAGAAUUCCUGGAGAAUCAAAAUGGUUUUAACUUAGGCCAGCUUCAAAUGUCAAAAGAGGUGGUAAAUGAUGUUGUUCUGCCUAAAUGGGCCCACUCCUCAGAAGACUUUAUCUAUAAACACAGGAAGGCUCUGGAAUCUGAGUAUGUUUCUGCUCAUCUUCAUGAAUGGAUAGAUUUGAUUUUUGGCUACAAGCAGAGGGGACCAGCUGCAGUGGAGGCGCUUAAUGUGUUCUAUUAUUGUACUUACGAAGGGGCCGUGGAUUUGGAUGCUUUAACAGAUGAGAAAGAAAGGAAAGCUUUAGAAGGGAUGAUAAACAAUUUUGGGCAAACUCCCUGCCAGCUGUUAAAGGAGCCCCAUCCACAAAGGCUGUCAGCAGAAGAGGUAGUGCAAAGACUAACUAAAAGUGAUACCUCUACUCUGAAUCUCUUCCAACACCUCACUGAACUGAAGUCAUUCUUCAUAGAGGGAAUUAGUGAUGGUGUGCCCAUUGUCAAAGCCGUUGUUCCCAGGAAUCAGUCACGUUCCUUUAUUUCUCAGGGAAGCCCAGAGAUCUUGGUAACAGCAAGUCUGAACUGCGUUAUUGGAACUCACGGUUGGCUGCCUUAUGACAAAAAUAUUUCCAACUAUUUUACAUUCAUCAAAGAUACAACAGUGACAAAUCCCAAAACACAGCGCAACAUGAGUGGUCCUUUUGCCCCAGGGCUGGAGAUCACCUCCAAGUUGUUUGUGGUGUCCCAUGAUGCAAAGCUGCUCUUCAGUGGCGGACACUGGGACAACAGCAUCCGAGUGACAUCCCUUACCAAAGGCAAACUGAUGGGACAGCACAUCAGGCACAUGGAUAUUGUGACCUGCUUGGCAAUAGACCACUGUGGAAUACAUUUAAUUUCAGGCUCCAGAGAUACAACCUGUAUGAUAUGGCAAAUAGUUCAGCAGGGAGGAGUACCUGUAGGCCUGGCACCUAAGCCAUUACAGAUCCUCUAUGGGCACACUGAUGAAGUUUCGAGUGUUGGCAUCAGCACCGAACUGGAUAUGGCAGUGUCAGGAUCCAGGGAUGGCACUGUUAUUGUCCGCACUAUUCGGAAAGGUCAGUACGUGAGGACUCUGCGACCACCUUGUGAGAGUUCCCUCCUGCUGACUGUUCCCAAUCUGGCUGUGUCCUGGGAAGGCCAUAUAGUUGUCCACACCAGCGUGGAAGGAAAGACUACUCUCAAGGAUAAGAAUGCAUUACAUCUCUAUUCUGUCAAUGGGAAAUACCUGGGUUCUGAGGUUCUGAAGGAGGAAGUGUCAGAUCUGUGUGUAACUGGCGAGUAUAUUGUGAUGGGCAGCUUACAGGGAUUUCUUUCCAUACGGGAUCUCUACAGCCUGAGUCUGAGCAUCUCUCCCUUAGCCAUGAGAUUGCCAAUCCAUUGCAUUUCUGUCACCAAAGAGUACAGCCACAUCCUUGUUGGCUUGGAGGAUGGCAAGUUGAUUAUCGUUGGUGUUGGCAAGCCAGCAGAGGUAAAACCCACCAUCAAGAACUUUUUCUACCGAACAGUGGGAAGUUCACUUAUUUCUGCUUUCCAGUUGAGCAAGAGGUCUCCUCUAUGGCAGGAUGCGCUCAGGUCAGCUUUCCCGAAAGCUGUGGGGAUCAAGCAAACGGCUCAGCCAGAUUUCAUCAGGAGAGACUGAAUAUAACACUCAAGAUUCCAAGUGAUUGAUUGCUGCUUCUACCUUCUCUCAUGGAUUCCAGAAAAAUGUUUAAUCUUUUGGUCACUUUAAAUGUAUAAAUAUGUAAUUAGGGCCUUGAUUCUUAAGUCUGUUGACGAAGAACCUAUGGUAGAGGUACAGUAAUAAGCAUAUGUACUCAUGCAAGUUAGCUUGCUUGCAUAUUUUUCCUUAACUGUGUUGACAUAUUCACAGCAAAAUCCCUCUCUCAACAGCUGCUAAAACUGUGUUUUGGGAGAGCUAAAAAAACUCCCCAAACAAUCCCCCUACAAGUCUCCAAAACCCAAGAUUACUAAUUGAAUUUAAGACAAGUAGCAUUUGAUUUAAAGCUGAGUAGGGCCAGAUGCUCCUUGAUAACAACCAAGGCAUCUGGCUUUGCUUUGACAGAGCUGUUAUUCCCCAGUAAAUGGAAAUUCUGGUAGUUGCAAUGGUUGGAUUCAGAAUUGGAUAGAUGAUGGUUAUGACCUUCUCAAUACGUUUUUUAGCGUAAUGAGCUUUAUUACAAUUUGUUCGUGUAAAUGGCUAUUGCUCUCUUCUUUUGUGUAGCUCCAGUUUUAGGCUGUUCUGCAAGGAACAUCUGUGUUGCACUACUUUAUCAGAAAUUGUUUUAAGUAAAGACAUGAAUAACUUCAAAGGAGUUGGAGGUGGUGAAGGAGCUGAAGGAGGUAGGAAAAAUUGCUGCUGAAAAUUAUUUAUAUUGUUAUGUAGACUAAGACAUAGACCAAGAAAUCCCACGAUAUAUUUAAUAUCUUGCAGAAAUACAGAGGAAGACUCAUUAUCUAUAUUGGUCAAAGAUCAGUUUCAUUAGUUAGGCAACUCCUGCAAACAAAAGAUAAAUUUCCACUGCAGAAUCAUUAUGCGACAUUGCAGCACAAUUUAAUUAAAAAUAGCACCUGUUUGUUUCUUGGCUUGGUGUUCACCAAACCAGUUGUUAGCCAUAUUUUUUCAUUUCUGUAAAAGUAAGCAGGGAAAAACAGAUGAUAUAUCCAUUUCAAAAUGCAUUUAAGACCUGGUAAAAGAAAAUAUCAGAUCCAUAUGUGUGCUGUAGCCAGUUGCUUACUAUGUUUUGGAGAAGCCAUUACUGAUUUUUUUGUUUUGUUUUGUUUAGCAAUACAUGAUCAUAGAAGGGUGUGUGUUUUCCUAUCAAUCUGAUAUUUUUCUAAUGUUAGUGAUUGGAAUGAUAAACCCCAUACUGUUAGAAAAGCCUGGUGCUGAGGGAAAAAUUCGAAUUUCCAGAUCAGCGUGUGAAGGGGUGUGUGUGUGUAUGUGUAUAUAUGUGUGUGUGUGUAUAUAUGUAUAUUCAUGUAUGUAUUAAAAGAAGAAAAUCCCAUGGGGUAAGGGGAGUGCAGAUACAAGGCAGAUUUAAGUGAUUGUUAGCUACUGUGUUCCCUUUUGGGUCCCCCUUUAUUCCCUCAACCAUCACUUUUCUUGUUAUUUUUUAUUUAUUUAUUGAAAUGAAUGUGUCUUCUAUCUCUCAUAAAUGUUAUCAGAUACUCCCUGUGGCUGGGGAGUUGUUGAACUACCUGAGGAACAUAAUGUAUGAUCUCAUUUCAUUAACUUUAAGCACAAUAUUUAUUAACUUCAUAGAAAUAAUAAUACCUCCUUACCCUGCUAAAGGAUAAUCCUUACAAGUUAUGUUAGUCUUAUUCAAACUGAUUUCUCCUCCUCACUUUCUUUACUGGAAAAAAAAAUUCCCUCUUGGUGGUUGAUCAGUGUACUUUGUAAAGAAAGCUGUGUUGCUUUUUCUUAACUUUUGUAAAUGAAAUAAUAAAUCAGAUUAGUGAACAAGUGGGUCUAUGCAUAGUUGCAAUAUUCUACCUAAUCACUGUGACAGACUGGAUUGUCUGGAAAGUUAGGAGAAAAUAAGAAUUAUUUUCCUGAGUCACUUGCUGAGAGACGAUUAAACUUCCAAAAGUAGAAUGGUGUGGGUUUUUCCAUACUCCAUCUAUGUUAAAAAAAAAAAAAAAAAAAAGAAAAAAAAAACCCCACACCCCAUAUUUUCAAAUAAGCUGUAGAGAAGUGAAAAACACUAUUUUUAAUCAAUUACCUAUCCAAUAAGAAUACUAAGGAUACUGUGGAAGUAUUAAGUUUGUACAUGAGAAUGUGAAGUAUGUUUGUCCAUUAUGAUUUCAUGAAGAAGGAAUUUCAGGGGAGCUCUUUGGACAGUAGUUUAGAAGUAUUUCAGCUCAGAAUGUGAGAUUUUUCUGUGUCAUGGGAGAUUGAAAAAACUCAGUUGGGGCAUUGAAUUGAUGGGUUUUAUAUGUAUGCAUAAAUGUUGUGUUUAAAUGCAUAUACAAGGCUAAGUGUUUGUUUGGAGGGAAGGGGGCAAGAAAUCAUGAUGUUUUGGGCUAUCAGAAUCAAGUGGAAAAAUAGAGAUGGGUCUUUUGUAGUGUUUGGUGGGAGCACAGUUUUGUUCUUGUAACUUGCACAGGGGUUUGCAUAAGCAUUUGAAAACAUUCUAUUGCAGUGUGUUUAUACAACAGUUGAAUCGACAUUUUUAGUACUUUAAUAUUAAAAAAUACCGAAUACAGUGUGUCAGCUUAAGUAAAAUAUAAUGUUGCAAUAAUUGAUAUAGUUUAUGACUAAGACUUUUGACAUUUGAAUACCGUAAUUUCAGUGCAUCACAAGCACUGGGUGAUCCUCGCAAGUAUCUGGGACAGGUUUAAAUGUGGACAGUUCUUGGGCUCUCCAACUCAAGGCUAUUUUGUGCUCAGCACAAAGCAGCAGCAGCAGAAUGAGGAGGGGACAGGUGAGCUCUGAGCUGGUUUAUGCCCCAGGUAGAAUGGCAACAUCCAUGGACUUUGGAUCUUCUAUCUCAUCCUUGGGGAUGGGAGGUGUACACUAUCACACGCUUGGCAUCCUUGCCAGAGGCCUUCUGGAAAGACCUCCAUAGCUUUGAAGGUCUGCACUUUGCCUUUAUUUACAACCAGCUUUAAAUAAAAGAUAAGAGUUGUGUGAGCAUUAGCUAUUAUGUUGUUUCUUUUGGGUUUAACUUAUAUGCAUAAAAAGUAGAAAAUCAUGUUUUAAAAAUAGCAAGUAAUUUUUCUGAUCAGCUGUUUAGGUCAGUUGAAUUGUAACCUGUUAUGCAGUGCACUGUGAAUGGUGAACUGACUUUCAUAAUUCUUUGAUUUCUUCAAGUCAAUAAAGCUUAUUCCAUUUUGUUUUUCAGGUAGCAUUGGUGAAAUAAGAUUCUCCUUUGGUUUUGAUCAAAGGUUUGUGUAAGUGUAAAAAGUAAAGUUUUGAGAUGAGAGAAUUCCAAUGAGGAAUUUAGUACAAACAAGUCUUAAGUGACAUUUGUUUCAUAGCACUACAUUUGUCAAGAUCUUCUUCGUGAUAUCUUCUUAGGUUUAAUUUUUGGAACAACUCAAAUAAUAUUUAUCAAACUUUAACAUAUGCUUACCUUUGAAGAUGAGUAAGUAGGAGUGUAAAAAUAUAUAUCUAAAAGAAACGGAAAACUGACCUACUUUUCAUACCUGUAUAUAAAUGAGAUCAAGUAGCAGUAUCAACUUUUUCAUAGCACAGGUUUGAACUUGCAUACCAAAGGAUAUUUAGAAGACAUGUCUCCUUUAUUUCAAGUAAAAUGUUUGCUAAAUUUCUCUUAAUCAAUUUACUUAUAAUUCUUGAUAUUAUUUUUAGUUGUCUUUUUACCUAUAGUGAAGAAUCCCAUCUAGUCUUUGCUGGUUCUGUACUAUACAAGCAUACAGAAAGUGAAAUGCUCUUUAAGCUAGCAUCUGACUUAGGCAAAUUUUUCUCUAUCAAUAUACUUACCUAUUACUUGCUCAUAGGUUAUCUAGAAACCACAUUUUCUAUCAUCCAUGUACAUUACCAGCACAAAAUAAUAAUCCCAGUCCUAAAGUAACUGCAUUUGUCCUUCUGGUUAAUACACAUUGUGGAAAUUAGGGUUUUUUAGGAAGCCCGUUUGAUACUAGAAAGAGAAAAAAGGAAAAAACCCCAAACCAACAAAACAAUAAUACCCCCAACCCCCACAACUUCCCCUCCAAAAAAACCCAAACUCACCCACAUCCAUAUUACAAUUGUUUUGCUAAUCUGCAACACUGAUAUAAACAAGCUUUCUUCCCCUCUGGCACAUCUUAGAUCAUGCAUAUUAUCACAAAACAGGUUUAUCAGUCUUCACAGGCUUUAAAUAGCCAAGUCAACUGGCAAUCUUACAAGGAUCCUCUUGAAAGCUGUAUUUCUUUGUCCUUUUAAUGAGUGCAAAGAACUAAGUUUCUGCACUGGAAAAAUUCUGUAUGGGACUGGUAACAUCAGUCUGCUUUAAAAUAGUCCUGCAGGAAUGAUAAAUUUAUUUUUGUAAUGCACAGAUUAGGUAGGUCUUUUAACUCCUGCUUUAGUAAAUGGGGAGCUGUAUACCUCACUUCCCUAAACCAUGUCUUCCUCCUCCCUGUUUCCUUUGCAGAUCUUUUCUCAAUCCUAAUUAACAAAAUCAUUAGAAAUGAUGAGUAAAGGAACCAAAUGCUGCACAAAGCUUUUACUGUGCACAUGUAUUUAGUUGAAAACGUGUAUCUGUAUACAGAUUAUAAGUGGUAGGGAGCUUUAGAGCUAGAAGGGGUGUAGAGAUGUCAACCUCCUUCUGCUCCUAUACUGAGUCUCUGUAGACACAUGCUCUGCAUUGUCACCUGGAACACCUGAAACAUUCCUGUCUUCCACUGCUAAAGGCACCUUGCUGCCUAUGUUAAAUGCUGAGCCAAGGUGCUGUGAAUAACAUUCUUUUUUUCCCUUUCAAAGAAUCAAAAAAAAAAACCAACAAAAAACCAAGUGUGCACAUAUAAAUGCAUAUCCUAAUGUGAACCUAAUGCCUGAUCUGUAUUUCACUGUUAUGUGAAGGCACUACAUAGGGUUUUAUUUAUUUGAAUGGAAAUUCAAGCAUGUGCUUCAGUGCUUUCUAGGUCUUUUUAUGCUUUUUGGCUUAAAAGCUACGUUGGUUUUGGCUGUAAACAUGACACUUGGUAGUCUCCUUUUGGGGAGAGUAAGUUUCCAUGGUAUUAUAUACAUGUGGGUUCAUUGUAUGCCUAUGUUAGAGUCAACUGAAGUGUUUGGAAGAUGUCUUUCCUUCCAUUCCAAGGAGCCAAUCUGACAAUUACUAAAUUGCCCUUGUAAGCACAUAAUUUUGAAGGAAGCAAGGGUUUCCUAAAAAGCUACUGUGUUUAAAAAAUAUUUAAAAAUUGGUAAAAUGCUGUUGUUUCCUUCUUCAAUGUUAUUGUCAUCAGAUGCUGGAAUGUAAAAAUGCCUCUGAGUGGCACCAUAGCAUGUUCUGCAUUUCAGUUGAGUGCCAUUCACCUUACAGCAGUCUUGAACACCCCAUAUGCGAGGAACUGCUUGCAGUGUUUAGUCCAAGGUACCCUUUAUUCAGUUUUAAGUCACCUUUUUCCUGUGCAUUGUGGAAGAAGACUGGUGCGUCUUUCUUUUAGUUACCAUUUACCCAAGUGGCGCAAAUAAAAUAGGUGUUUCACUUCUUUUCAAUAGUUCCUUCAGUGUGUGUUCUUUCUAGUCUUGUUGAGUGCACUUAAGAAAUUUGGCAGGUAUUUCCAGAGUUUAGGUCCGUGCUUAUACUCAGCACAGACACAAUUUGAUCAUACAUCUUCUGUCCCAGAAGCAUGAUUGUCAGUAUAGAUUAUGGUUUAAAGCUGCUAAGGUGUUUUGAGAUUGGAAUAUAAAACAUCCAGCCAUAUAUAUCAUAGAUCUAACUGAACUUGGAGGCCACUUGUUUACUUAGCUUCCUAUCUAGUCAGUAUUUUCCUCUCAAGGGAGCCAUAUUUUUUGCCUUGAAAUAGCUUUAAAAUAAACUUAAGUCUUGCACCUGGUAAUACUACUUUAGUCAUACGCAGCUGUGAGCUGUUUCUUAAAGAAAGCCAUGAGGGGAAAAAGAAUUCAAGAAAAACUUGCAAUACAUAUUCUGAUUCUGCAGGAGCAACUUAAUACAAGAUUAUAGAAAUGCUGCAUGUGAGACUUACCUCCCUUUGGUCAGUGUUUUGAUGGAAGCUGUGAUGCUACUCAGUUUGCCUGGUGAAUUUUUACUGACAUUAAUCAGGGGGUGGAAGCAAAGGCCUUACAGCAACAGUUAACCAUAUCUUCUGAUAAUUCUUACAGAUUGUGCAAUUAUAUGAUUUCAAAUGGAUUUUUAAAUGCCAAAAAAUGCCUUUUUAAAGAGUUAAAUGUUAGGUCUGAGGAGUGUUGGAAAUAGCUACUUUCAGAAGUGAGCCUUCAGGCACUGUAAUGAACUUGCUGUCCAUCUUCUGUGCAAUAUCUCUUUCCCUCUGGGUGCUUUAAGAGUAUACUGUAUGUCUUACUUUGUUUUGAUCAAUAUGUUUUAAGAGUGUGUAUAUUGGCUAAUGAUGGAUUUUUUCCUGUACAGCAUGGCGGAAGAUUUUAAAAUUUUGCACUUUUCUAGGAUUUGCAAGUUUGUAACCUGAAAAUUUUUAACAUGCACACUUUUGUACAUAAUUAGCAUUGUAUAUAUUUAACAUGAGUCUGAAGCAAAUAAAAGUAAUUGAAU